AUGUUUUAUGUCGCACAUAAAGGUUGCAGAUAUUUGCCAACUUUUUUUCCCUUAGCCUACAAAGAGAUUAUGAAAAGUGAACAAACUGGUGAAGUUUUGCUCCCACCGUCUGCUUUUCUUAUCUCAAAUCCUAAUCAUUUCAAUUGCCCUCAGGAUGUGAGCAAUGAUGCUGAACGCACUAAUUCGGCAAUAAGCAAUAAGAGCACUAGAAAAUUGUCAAUAAGCUCGAUUAUUUCUAAACUAAAUAAGAAUUCAGCUGAUUUAAACGAUGAUGGUCAUUUUGAUCGAAUCAAUUCAGAAGACAUACAAUUCAAUUACACCAACAAAUUUGUUAAUGAACUGAAACAAGAAAAUGAAUAUCUUUUACGAAGUCAGACGAAAGCUUUAGACGAAUUGAACAAAAUACGAGGAUACAUUGGAUUGGGUAGAGUUUCAUCUAAAAUUACAUCUAAGGAAGAUUCUCUUGAACAACAUAAAUGUAUUUGCGAUACAGAAUUACUGGAAAAGCUGAAAUAUUUGGAGAAUAAAAAUUCUGAGUUAAAUCUGCAACUUGAACAAAUGAAUAGUCGAAUGAGUAGUUUGGAGACAGUUUUAGAAAUUCAAGAAAAACAGUUGUCCAGAGAAAGUGGUAAUGAAGUGUUACCUAUUAAUAAUAAGUCUGGAAAAGUGGAAAAUUUACUUUGCACAUGGCGUAAACAUGUUUUACGCUUACUUAUUGAAAUAGAAAAUCUUAAGUCUGAAAAUUCUCAUACUGUAACCAAAUCAAAGUGUGCCUAUGAAAAGCUACUUUCAGAAUUUGAAUCUUUAAAAACAACUUUAGAAGCAACUGAAUUUAAACUGAAAGCUAGCGAUUCUGCACUGAACGUAGAACGUAAUAAAAGACAGGGAUUCGAAAAAGAUUUGGAAAGUUUACACUCAAAAUUAGCAAUGACUCAAUCAAAUUUAAUAGAAUCUCGUGAGAAUUACAAGAAAUUCGCUUUAAAUACAAAACAAAAUCUUGAUCAAAUUGUAAAAGCUAUACAAACGUUUAUGAAUUGGCCAGAAUCCGGUUCACCGAGUCAACAAACUCCAAUAACAAUAUGUUCAGUUUUUCGUCGUUUAAGACAUUUAGAAAGGCGUUUAGAAUUUGCUAACUCUCGUCUUCCCGUUUUACGCACUCGUUUAUUGUUAUCGUCAUCAUUAUUACACCGGAAAGCAGAUGUAGACCAGUCAACGCAAGUCAGCUACGAAUUAAAACAUUGGAUUGGUGAUAUUUUAUCAGAAUCAGAGAAAGAAGAGAUCAUUUCUCAGGCUCAAACCGAGACCCUUAGGGCUAUAAAAGAGCGUGACCGAGCAUUAGAACAGUUGUCCGAUUAUGUUAAAUCAUUUGAUAAUCGUGUUCAGGAUGCUGAGAAAGCAGUUGAAAAAGAAUUAUCAGAACUUCGGGAAGCAAACAGAAUUUUGAAUUUAUCUUUACAUGAUGAACAAAAGAAAUUAAAAGAAUGUUCAGAUCAAUUAAAAAUUGAAAAACUAACUAAUAAUGAUCUCGAACAAAAGUAUACAGAUGAAAUUGGACAUUUAAAAACUCAACUCUCUGAAACGGAUAUGAAGCUUACCAAAGCUUUAACGGAACUACGUCGGGCUGAACGCCGUGUAGAUCGAGAAAUUAAUGAAAGAAAGUUACAGAUCAAUAGUAUUGAGAAUACCUACAAAUCCAAAAUUCAAACUCUAGAGAAUGCACUUCAUUCGUUUUAUCCAGAACCUUAUCACUGCUAUGGUAACAAUACAGCGAAGUCACCAAAUGUUAUUCAAAAAAUGACAAGUCCAAUAGUACCUACAUUUGCAAGCCAUAUUGAUCUCAAUGAAUCAAUUCGUAAACUUGACCACCUUGCUGAUCGACUAAAUAGCGAUUUGUCAAGCGAUUCAGAUGCUGAAAAAGAUGUUGAACAGUGA